AUGACCGCCGGCCAGGCGCGAGCUUUGUACAGGCAGCUGUUUCGUAAGACCAGAGACCUCCCCAGGCAGGCCCAGCACUACUACCGCAACUCCAUCCGCUCUGGGUUUGUGGCGCACUCUGACGAGGACGACCCGGAAGUGCUGCAGCGCAUCUACGAGCAGUCUCUGAGGGAUGCCGACUGGAUACUAGACAAGUACAAGUCGCAGCAGCCGCAGCACAAGUAG